UGCACGCAUACAAGGUCGACGUUACCUACAACCUCGCGCUAUCAGCUUGUUGUUACCAUUAUCAGGUUGUCUUAAUAUCACGCUCGCGUUAUUUAUGAUUGUUGUCAAUUGAUUUCCUUAUCAAAUGUUCUUUCUAAUGAAAUGACAUCGUUAAGUGACAUAUUGUUGCCGUGGGAUCACACGCAGCAACCAAACGACUUGUUUUUAACUUUCCGGAACUCUGACGACUGUAUUGUUCAUGUACCUAUCGCAACAUCAAAUGUCAAUAGUUUGAGGAGCAGCUCAGAUUCAAUUAUUUUAUCUGAACUGAAUAAACAAAUGGAUGCAAGACUUGUGAGCAAAGCUCAGGAAUAUGGUCCUUUAUUGCUUCCUGGGUCAGUAUUUUAUGUAGGCAGUAAUCCUCGUCCUCGUAGGAAAGUAAAUUUGUAUCGUGAAUCCUAUGAAAUUAGUUAUGGUCAAAGAGGAAAAUAUGGAGAAAAUCUCCACACAACUGAAAAUGCUGUCAUUUCAAAUGGUGGACCUAAUGAUUUAGUUGAAUUAGAAAAACUCUCUUCUACAUUUACUGAUAGGAGGAUUGGAAUGAAUCUUUCGCAAACUGAUGUUGCAAAUUCACUUGGAAAACUUUAUGGAGUACAUCGUAGUGUAUCCAUGAUUUCACGCUUCGAAAGAAUGGAUCUUAGUUUAAGCAAUUACUUGAAAGUUUAUCCGAUUAUUCUAAGAUGGUUGAAGGAUAGUGAAACUGCUGAUGGUCGCGAUAAAAUUAUUCGAGCUGUUGUUGAUUUUCAGAAUAAUAAUAAUAAUAAUGAUACUAAAUCACCAGUCAAAGAAAGUCCUCAGGCUGAAAGUCCUGUUUUCUCGAAGUUCCCAAGACGACGACCGAGAACAAUACUACCUGAUUCUACAAGAAGGGAGUUGGAGCGAGUCUAUAGACAAAAUAAAAAACUAUCUGCAUAUGAAUUGAUAGAAUUGGCUGAAAAGUUAAAUGUUGACAAAACAAUUAUACAAGUAUGGUUCUACAAUCGUCGUACACGUAGCAUUAUUGAUCGAAAAAGAAGAUUGAAACGAGCCAAAAGGAAAUGUUAACAUCAAAAACAGAAGACCUAAUGUCUUGUACAUUUUCGUGAUAAUUAAAAAAAGAUAAAUCUUUUCACUUCUAUGAUAA